GAAUGGGUUUCAAGCAUCUGGUAACAGCGAAAGCAAACGAAGUUAUUCCGGUUCAUAAGUACCGGUCGGACCGAACUGGUUUGACGGUGAUAAUCGGUGAAGUAGAAGGUCCGGUGGUUAAUGGUUACUUUACGCUGGCAACCGAAGCGCAUGACGACGAUGGGUUGCCUCACACGCUGGAGCAUCUAAUAUUCCUCGGCUCCGAAAAGUAUCCCUACAAAGGGAUUCUCGAUCUGGUCGCCAACCGGUGCCUUGCGUCGGGUACGAAUGCAUGGACCGAUCGAGACCACACCUGCUACACGAUGACGACGGCCGGUUGCGACGGCUUUUUAACGCUGCUUCCGGUGUACCUGGACCACAUCCUGUACCCAACGCUCACCGAUGCCGGUUUCGUGACGGAGGUGCACCACAUUUCUGGCGAAGGCGUCGACGGUGGGGUCGUAUACUGUGAGAUGCAAGGCCGAGAGAAUACGGGCGAGUCUCGAGUAAGUCUGGAAAUGUUACGCGCAAGCUACCCCGACUGUGGCUACAGUGCGGAAGUUGGUGGCAUCAUGCAUAACCUUCGGACGAGCACAACCAACGAAAAGGUACGGGCCUACCAUGCCACGUUCUAUCGCCCGGACAAUUUGUACGUCAUCAUUACGGGCCAAAUUAAGCCGGAAGAUGUUUUCGCCGCCCUUGAGCCGGUUGAACAAAAAAUCCUCUCGAAAGGUGCACUUCCGCCGUUUAAGAAACCGUGGCAGGCGCCCGUUGCGCCGCUAGCCGAAUCACAAAAUUUACACAUAAACUAUCCGGCGGACGAGGAAGACUGCGGGCUCGUUAAUAUCGCGUGGCGGGGACCGAAAGCAACGACCGAGUACGACACUUUAACAGCCUGUUCGGUACUGCUGCGUUACUUGACCGACACUUCUGCCAGCCCUGUCCAACGGGACUUCAUCGAGAACGAAAACCCGGAUGCAAGCAGCGUAAGCUACAGCAUUCUGGAAAACUCCGUCACCUUGCUGUACAUAGCGUUUGAAAACGUUCCGCUCGGCAAGGAGAGUAGCAUAUUUCCCAAGCUGAAGUCGCUUUUGGGUUCCAUCGCAAACGGAACGGAAAAGCUGGACAUGACGCGAAUGAGAAAUGUUAUCGAACGCUACCGGCUGGAGGCUCUGAGCAGCAUGGAGUCGAAUCCGCACGACGACAUUGCCUUCCACGUGAUUGGGGAAACGCUGUAUGGCUCAAAUGAUGAACACUUCAAGAAGCGACUGAAUGUAAACCGCCAUUUGAAGGAAUUGAAAGACAAAGAGGACGACUUUUGGUUGCAUCUGUUAAGAACCUAUUUCGUAGACAGCCAUCAUGUCGCUGUGUGUGCCGUGCCUAGUGUAGAGGAAAACUUAAACACUGCCAAGGCUGAACAGACGCGUCUGGAUGAGCAACGAAAGCGUCUCGGAGAAGGUGGACUGAAGGAGAAGGAACAGAUUCUGGCCAAGGCGACGACUUCGAAUGAAGAGCCCCCACCGAAUGAGAUGAUUACUUCUUUUCCUGUGCCAUCGACCGAAAGCAUCACAUUUUUUCCAGUCGAUAUUUACCGUUCCAGCCAGAACGAGAACUCCCCACCUGGCAUAAAGUUGCAAGAGCUUUCAUUUUACUCGGAGCUCUACGAUUUGCACACAAACUUUUGCUAUUUGAAAGUGUCGAUGAACACGGACGCACUAAGCGUGGAGCUGCGGCCUUAUCUGGUGUUGCUGAUGGAGCUGCUGACGGAAUCGCCCGUGCGCCGUGGUGACAAAUUGGUGCCGUACGAAGAGGUGGUCACUGCUCUCGAAUCCGACACGGUCGAAACGGCCACUGGACUGGGCUUUAAGGCAUCCGGGCGGUUCAGCUUGGGCUCGUACUCGAACGUAGCGGCCCUGCAUAUGCAAGUGGCACGCGAAAAGUAUGCUAAAGGCAUCGAGCUAAUAGGCGAGUUACUGUAUCGCACGGAAUUUACUGCCGAACGGAUCAAAGUAUGCGCCACUAAGCUGAUCAACGAAGUACCGCAAUCGAAACGCGAAGGGAACGCGAUUGCGAAAGAUAUGCUAAGAGCAAUGCGCUACCGAGACGAUAGCAACGUACGCCUUUGCUCGCUGGUAAAGCAAGCCAAAUUCCUCACGGCUCUGGUGGGACAGGUAGAGAACCCGGAAACGGUAGCGGACGUAAUUGCGAAGCUGAAUAAAACGCGAGAAUUAAUUACGCGUCCGGAAAAUAUUGCCCUACACGUAGCCGCAGACUGGAAGGCGAUGGAAGAGCUGGGCAUCGAUUUGAAUGCUCCCUGGAAGCAGCUAGCCGUUGUGUCCGAAGCUAAGGAGUUCCACCCAAGCAAAAGUUUCACCGUUAUCCAGGAUUGGAAUCAUAUGGUUAGUCCGACUGUUGAGGGUGUUAUUUUGGGACUCGGCAGCGUUGAAAGUGCAUUUUUGUUCCGCACGUGCCGAUCGAUUAGCGAUUUCAACGAUCCCGAUCUGGUAGCCCUGUUGCUGUUCCUACAGUAUCUCACGCAGUUGGAAGGUCCACUGUGGCGCCAGAUUCGAGGACAAGGCUUCGCGUAUGGCUAUAACAUUGUGCCGAGACCGAACGAUGGCUUACUCUACUUCUCGCUGUACCGAGCCUCGAAUAUUGUCGCUGCCUUCAAGGAGGCCAUGAAUAUCACGCAAAAGCAAAUCGGUGACCAAGCGACAUGGGAUGCAACGCUACUGGAGUCGGCGCGCAGUUCACUUGUCUAUGAGAUCAUUGCACGGGAAAACAGUAUCGAGAAGGUGGUCGAUGCUUCGUUGCUGUCCAGCUUCAAGCAGGUACCUGCCGGCUACAAUCAAAUGCUGGCCAAGCAAGUGCGCAAAGUGACGACGGAUGACUUGGCACGCGUUGGCAAAAAGUACGUGCAGCAACUAUUCGAAACCAGUGACACUUGCAUGGCAAUCGUAUGCCACCCGGAUAAGGUGAGCGACGUGGCAGGCGCAUUCGAGGGAUUCGGUUACAAAAUGAAGGUGUACUCAAACCUGGACGAAAGCAUUUUGGCUUAACAAGCUUCGGCUGUUUGCUAGCGAGAAAUGCAAACGGAAGCCCGGAUGAGCGAAUUGUUCAUACGUCCCAAUUGAGGAAAGAAUAUAUUUGUGGCAAAAUGCAGCAUUUACAUCAGUUUGUCCCAGAUUAGUGUUUAAAUUUGCGUAAACAGCGAACUACCGCCAUUCGGUGCAAUGCGGAAAGGUCUCGCCCGGGUGCGACCACGGAAGGGCUUUAGGAAGCUCUUAUCCUGAACGAACUCGGCCGGUGUGUAGUAGGGUCCUUCGGUUUCCAGAUAAAUGUCCAAACAGGACAUGGCCCGCUUCAGUUGCAACGGCAAUAGGCAUUCUCUAUGUUCGGCACCCGCCAAGCUGUUA